GGCGGGCCAUGGGGCCGCGCGUGCUGCCGCCGCCGCCGCUGCUGCUGCUGCUGUUGCUGCCGGCGAUUCUGCUGCCGGCGCUGCUGUGCGGGGCCCAGGAGACCACGCCCAGGUCGUCGCGCCCCGCGCACGCCACAUUCUCGCCGUCGCCCGCCGUGACGAACGGGAGCCAGCCGGGCGCGCCGCACAACGGCACGCACCCGCGCGCGCCGGCCGCGCCGGGCUCGCCGCUGCUGCGCUCCUUCUACGUGCUCACGGGCCUCAGCGGCCUGGUCGCGCUCUACUUCCUCAUCCGGGCGUUCAGGUUGAAGAAGCCGCAGCGGCGGAGGUAUGGCCUGCUGGCCAACACCGAGGAGUCCGCGGAGAUGGCCUCGCUGGACAGCGACGAGGAGACGGUGUUUGAAAGCAGGAAUCUGACAUGGUGGUGUUUCCAGCAGCCCUGGGGGAAGGACAAGACGCGGGGUCACCCCCAGUGCCUGGCGCAGUCACUGAGUCUUUUGUUGGCCUGGCUGCACCGCGACAGCUCGUGUGGGACCUGCCCAGCCUCCCUGAAGCCGCUUCAGCCCCCGCCUGCACAGGACCACCCAAGAUGGCCGGUAGAAGCCAGAGAGGCUCUGGCAGCCCCUCCCAGGACUCAGGCCGCCUGGCCGGACUGUGGCUUGUGCUGCUUGCUCUUUGCUGUGGGGACGUGGCUGGCCUGAACCGAGGCCUGGGGGGCGGCGGGGCUGAAGGCCUGUCUGGGAGCACCUUCCCCCUGGGCUGGGGACAAUAAAGGAGUGGUGGCUCUGU